AGAGGUGUCCAGGCAAUGGGACCGCCACCUUCACCCCCUUCAGCACCAACUGGAGGCCAGAGCAAGGUGCUCCUCCCUCAGAGGGCUGCGUCCCCAGCCUCCAGUGGGGAGUUGAGCCUCGUUUCAGGUGUCCAGGCAAUGGCCCCGCCACCUCCACCCCCUUCAGCACCAACUGGAGGGCAGAGCAAGGUGCUCCUCCCUCAGAGGGCUGCGUCCCCAGCCUCCAGUGGGGAGUCGAGCCUCGUUUCAGGUGUCCAGGCAAUGGGCCCGCCACCUUCACCCCCUUCAGCACCAACUGAAGGGCAGAGAAAGGUGCUCCUCCCUCAGAGGGCUGUAUCACCAGCCUCCAGUGGGAGUUGAGCCUCGUUUCAGGUCCCCACCCCGUGAGCGGACAAUACUCACUGAAACGCUCCAGAAGUCCUGUGGCCUGUGUGAAAGGCAAAAGACAAAGAAUAAAAAGAAAUACAGCAUGCAGUGUCACUGUCAAAACAAUUGACAGUGUUGUUGGACAGAGGUUCAACAAAAUAUUGCUAAAUAUGAAUGAAAUACGCAAGAACACUUUUAGGGUAAAUUGGAAACAAGCAAAAAUUCAAUAUGACAGAAAGUACAAACACUUGCAUGGAAUAAAUCACAAAGCAUUGCGUAGUGUCUUCAGUUUUUAUAAACAACAUUUAUAACAUAAUAUACAUUUCAUGGUGCAUUGGGAAAUAAUUAUUAUAGUUUUAUUUGUAUUGUAAGAAUUCAUUCAUGAAAAUUUGUAUGGAACAUUUUACAUUUCAUGGUGCAUUGGGAAAUAAUUAUUAGUUUUAUUUGUAUUAUAAGAAUUAAUUCAUGAAAAUUUGUAUGGAAUAUUUU